GGCCCGCUCAAAGAAGCCGCAGUUCAUCGCGUCUGAGUUUAGCCAGCUGUCAGUUUGUGCUGGUGCCUUAACAUAUAUGUUUCCUGUUAGUUUUUACCUAUUACACAAGUUGUAGUAAAUACCUCGUCUGUCAAAAUGCCAAAAGGAGGUAAAAAAGGUGGCCACAAGGGUCGCAUGCGCACGUACACUAGCCCUGAAGAGAUAGACGCUCAGAUGAAGGCAGAAAAGGAGAGGAAAAAGCAUGAGCAAGAAGAGGAGGAGGGUGAAGGAGUAGCUCAGAAAGACGUGGCAGAAGACAAGCUACCUGGAUCCGACUCAGAAGACAGCGAUGAUGAAGAUUCCUCGAGGAGGAAACAUGGUGUGGAGGGCUUGAUCGAAAUCGAGAACCCAAACAGAGUGGCCCAGAAGUCCAAGAAGGUGGCACAGAUUGAGCUGGAUGAGCCCCGACAGUUAUCAAGGAGAGAGAGAGAAGAGAUCGAGAAGCAGAAAGCGAAGGAGCGCUACAUGAAGAUGCAUUUGGCUGGGAAGACAGACCAGGCCAAAGCCGACCUCGCUCGCCUUGCAAUCAUCAGGAAACAGAGAGAGGAGGCAGCAAAAAAGAAAGAAGAUGAGAAAAAAGCAAAAGAAGCAGUGGUGGCGGCGGCGGCAGCAGCCAGAGGAGUCAACUCCAUGUCUUUGAAAUGAUGCAGAGUAUUCAUCAGAAGCGUUUUCACUCGUUCAAGGACCGGCGCAAUAUAUAUUUAUUUGAAUAUUUUUAAAGGGAGAUCUCUGCAGAGUGUUACCGUCACUAUGAACAUUUGGGAACGGGAUUAAGGAUCGCAGCGGGGUUUGUUAUUGUCGGAGCAUGGCGUAAAGGCCUCGACCCCCCCAGGAAGUUAAACCACACACGAGAGCACUUGGAAUCGACCCCAUGAUCUAAAUUGUGUUAUACUUACCAUUGUACAAUUGCUACUUUGCUGACGGAGCUUUGGCACUGUUUUUUUGGGGGGAGAUCUUAUUGUAUAUAACAGACUGAUGAAAGAUAUUCAAAUUAACAAUAUUAUUCCAGUAAAAUAUGUCUUGAUUCUGUUUUA